UAGUGCUCCUACUUGUCUAGUAGCAACUAGCAGUAGGCACUAGGCAGUAGACUUUAGCUCUGAUGAUGAAUGGAGGGGUAAAAAAACGCGAGGCAGGCAGGCCAUCGUGUUGCUAGAUCUCAGCUGUACCAGUGCCUCUUCCUGCUAUCUGGUCACUGGUAUUUUGACCACUGGUGCCCACUGCCCAGACCCGGUGCUCGCCUUCUCCCCUCCCCUCAAUCUCCAGCCUCUCUUUCUCGCUCGCUGGCCACCCGCCGCACCCUCCCCAUCAGGCCAGCAGCGAGGAAGAAUGGAGUACGAGAGGAUUCAUCAGAAAGCCCAGCCUGGUGCUCUUUCUCCAACAAAGCUGAGGAUGAAGAUCCUGGGAGCCCACAAUCGAGUUAGAGUCAUCACCAGCAACUCGUCAUCGCGGACGUCGCCUGCGAAAACCAUCGAGGCUUCACAGGCGCAGAACAGGCUACUAGUUUGUGAUGUUCUUGAAGAAGACAGCGCAGAUAGCACAAAACACCCGUCGGCAACUAACAAAACCGAAGCCGUAGAAAAGGUUCAAAAGGAUCCAGCAGUGGACAUCAGUCAAGUGCAGAACGCUUCCACCAGUUCGGCUGCUAAGCCAGCGACAGGCAGCUCGAGUAUGAUACAGAUACACCCACUGAGACCCGCGGAAGAAGACAGCACUACCGAAUGCGACAGUGGUCUCGACAACGCCAGCACUAGCAGCUUCGAGUUCCACGGAGUGGAGAAGGCGGCGGCGACGCAGAAUCCAGCAGCCGGGUACUUGUCCAGGCAGACUUCCAUUUCCUCCAAGUGGAAUGACGCAGAGAAAUGGAUCGUGAGCCGCCAGAAUGUCAGUCAGAAGAACAACGUCGCCAAGGGCGCGUUGCAGAACCAGACAGUAAACCAGAUGAGCUCCGCCGCAGCCAGGGGCGCCGUUGUGCCCAAAAUCUCUGCUCGUCCCGUGCAGAAAAUGAAGAGAGUGAAUCCAGCUUUGUCUGCUCCGCGCAGCAUACUGGAGAGGUUGUCCUUCGCUUCGUAUCAGCCUAAGUUGGUUAGGCAUGCAGAUGUCUGUCCAGUUAGUAACGCUGGUGCUAACUCAGAGCAUCACAAGGCAACUGAUACUGGUUCAUCGAUUGAAGUGAAGCCCUGCAACGAUACGAAUGAUAUUCCAACAGUCCAGUCGUCGGUGUCCGUGAGAGAUGUGGGCACAGAGAUGACUCCAAUACCUAGCCAGGAACCUUCAAGAACUGGAACUCCACUAGGGUCAAGGACACCAACUCGAAGCCCUAACUGUUCAGUACCGUCAACACCUGUAGGGGGGAGGUCAAUAGCAUCUCCUCCUGGAGAAGACUGCACAGACGAUGGCCCAUUUUUCCACAGGAAAUGCGGCGUACAUGCAAAUGAAUUGUCAGAUACUGAGACGAGGCUUAAAACAAGGCAAGAAAUCGCUGCGCUUGGCAUACAGCUAGGAAAGAUGAACAUUGCUACGUGGGCCAGCAAAGAGGAGCUAGAGCUAGUCUCUGCGGCACCGAGCAUCGCUGAUUUGGAGCGCAUCAGGAAGGAAUAUGCUGCUCGUGCUGCAUCGUAUGAGGAGGCAGAAAAUACUAAACAUACAGCAAGAUUCAAAAAAGAAGAGGUGAAGAUUGAAGCUUGGGAGGGUCGUCAAAGAGCAAAAAUUGAAUAUGAAAUGAGAAGAAUAGAGUAAUGUCGAAAAACACUUUGUGGCAGGAAUUUGCUGAGAGAAUGAGAAGUGAGGCCAUGGAAAAGAUGGCCGAAAAGCUAGAGAUGACGCGCCGCAUAGCCGAAGAGAAACGAGCUUCGGCCAACGCCAAAAUGAACCAGCAAGCAGCUAUAGCGGUUCAGAAGGCCGAGAAGAUUCGCCAAACGGGACGAGUCCCAGGAUCGAGUAUCCUACGCUGCGGUGGCUGCUUCUGUGGACCGUAGUAGAUCAUACAUAGGAUUCGACAGCUAGUAUGUUGGUCUGGGAUAUAUAGUGGUGGGAAACCUGAACUCCACCCUCUACAAGUCAGCAUUCCUUGAUUUUAGCAUGAAAAAAGGAAUGUCUCUAAGGUAUUCAGAUGCAAACGUGUUCUUGUUUGUCAUGUAUGUAAAUUAUUCCAAUGAUUUUAACUUGGGUCGGUGUACAAGGUAACCAGCUGUUCGUUGGUUAACGAAGAAGUCACGAAUCGUUCAAACAUUAUGUUUAUUAUUA